AUGGACGUAAAAGUUUUGCAUUGUUUAAUUGAUGCACUGAAAGUAGCCGGUUGCUGUGUAUAUAAAGACAGUAUACCAAUUUUGUACAAUUCGUUAAUUAAAUUACAAAGUGAAAAUCAUUUCAGUUCUGUAUAUUUGUGGGGCCGUAUUGAAACAUCGACGAUUGAUUAUUAUAUUGCUUAUGGUCACCAAAAGGAUCCAAUUGAGAAUAGGAUAUUUUUUUAUACUCAAAACAUGUUGGAAUGGGACAUAAUGCCCACCGAUUGGUCAACCCUUGAAACAGUUAUGGUACGACAAAUAAAAACCAAGUUGCACGGUAAUCCAAGAUAUGUGGAAACGAUGGAUAACUUAAAUGACAAGUCACAGGAAAAACAGGAAACAACAGAAUAUCCAAUAGCAUCUAAUGUAGUGUUAAAAUUUGAUGAUUACGCAGAAGGUGGGGAAGAAGAUGCAAAUAAUGCGGAAAGUUUAACUUAUAAUGAUGUAGUAUCAGUCACUGCAGAAACCAACGAAAUGAUCGAGAUGGAAUCUGCUUUUAAUGAACCUUCUAAUUUAAAACUUUCACUAAAAGAGGAGGAUAGACUAGCUAUAACCGUUCAAAUGAUUGACAACGAAAGUCACAUAGUGCCACGAGGAUUUUUUUACAAGUUACCUGAUGGACACGUAACCAAAGCUCCUUACUUCAAUGGCUUAGAUCAUUCUGAAAUUGGAAAUGAAAACAAUUUUUUACACAUAAAUCAACAAUAUUGUCAACCAAAAGUUCUAAACAAUGAUGUACGACCAGACUACAAUGGAUCCAUUGAUUUUUUACAAUCGAUCGAUAAGGACAUACCAAAAGGAUGUUGGGCGUCUCGGAUUUGUUCAAAUCGAUAUUUUAUUAUUCACAAUUUGCUAUGGCCGGGUGCUGUGUAUGUCCAAGAUAUGAAUACUGGUAAACAUGGUUACUUCUACAACGGAUAUGGCCUGAAAAACUUAGAUUUGCCGUUUAUGAUCUAA